ACGGGCCUCCUGUGUGCGGCGCUGUCACACCCUCCGGGCGCGGCGGGGCAGGCCGGGCCGGCCCCCGCCGCCCAGCGCCGCUGCCGGCAGCCCGGGCACUUCCCGCCCGCCAGCGCCAUGAAGGGGCCGCUCCUGCGCCUGCUGCUGCCGCGCCGCGCCUCGCCUCGGCCUCUCCUUGUGUCAGGGAGCCUGUGGGGAAGAGCGCAAAUGGCAGCCAUACGCCAUGCAUACAGUACGCAGGCAGGGAGCACCAGGAGGCCGACUGGGCGCUAUCCAAUACCCAACAAGAAGGACCUGCCGUACGAUAUAGUGGAGCUCAUGGAAGAAGUCGAGAUGAAGAGUGGAUUUUUGCCCAACGUGUUCAGUGUGAUGUCUCAUCGGCCUGCGGAGUUCAGAGCGUUCUUCGCAUAUUACAAUGCCAUCAUGAACAAAGAGAGAGGAAGACUCAGCAAGGCUGACAAAGAACUUAUUGUUGUGGCUACAAGCGUUGUUAACAGAUGUCCCUACUGUGUAAUUGCACACGGUGCUUUACAUCGGAUAUAUUCUAAAAAGCCAGCUUUGGCUGAUCAGGUUGUUGUGAAUUGGAAACUGGCUGAUCUAAGUGGUCGGGAGCAGGCAAUGCUGGAGUUUGCUCUUGCAGUCAGUCACAGUGAUAACAUAACUGAAGAGCACUUCCAAAAGCUGGAGGCGCAGGGUUUUGACCGGGAAGAUGCCUGGGACAUAGGCAUGAUUGCCUCCUUUUUUGCCCUGUCUAAUCGUAUAGCUCACUUUACCGACCUGCGUCCAAACGAAGAAUUCUACACCAUGGGCAGAAUACCUCGGGACAAGGAAAAGGCAGAAACUCCCUAAUGCCGCCCACAAUUUUGUGAAGACCUAUCAAGCACUUAAUGAUGUGGCUAAUGUUGCUAGUUGCUGAAUAUAUAAAAGGCACAAGCUAAUAGCAGAUUGUUACCAGAAGAGAUCAGAUGGGAAAAUGGGUUACACUUUCCUCCAGCAUGCAAAAAGCUGGAAAGGGUUUUCAGCUAUGGGCCAGUGUCAUAACGCUUUUAAUUCCUAAAGUAGCUGCAAGAUCAAAACUUUUGUCUUAAACCUUGUUUAGGUUGGGAUAAAUUUUCUGGGUAACAUAUCGUGAUUGAUAAACAAGCUGAUAGCAACUUUGUCAUCACAUCUGUAACAGAGUAAAUACCAGAUGAGCUUUUGUAUGUAUAGUAUUGUACCAUUGUCAGACAGGGAAGGGCUAUAAUAAUUUCUCAUUGCACUUUUGCUAAUUAUCAGAGAUUAAUGUAUAAAUAAGGGUUAGGGAGAAGGUUUUCUCAGCCCUAUUAAUUACUCUUAUGUGAUCCUGCAGUGAAGGCAUAAUGCUGCUGGUGUAAUAGCACGAACAUUCCAAAACAUCCCACUGGUGUCAGUGGAAAGUCUCUGCUUGGCUUCAUUGGAAGUCAGAUCAGGUCGUUAGUGCCAGAGUGAGCAGAGCUGUGCAGUGCAGGUGUGACAGUGGGAAGUUUUUACUCAGUCACGGUACCGUAUCAGUAAUAACGGCCUGUAGAAAGUCCCUGACAGUGAAAUAUUGGUUUUUUUCUUCAAAUGCUCAGAUGAAGAAAUUCUCUUGACUAAUGCUGCUGGGCUGAGUGGUGAAGGAAUGAAGCGUUUGUGUGCAUGAUACAGUGUGGCCAACUCUCGCAGUUUUAUCAAAGGUCUUGUGAUAUAUGGUGUUCUGCUUGCAGCCCUAGCUGCUGGAGUGAGGUGAUUUGGGUGAGAAUCUCAUAGUCCAUUGUUUAAAAAAGAAAGUUUCUAGCCCUCAUGAUUGCAGAGACUCUUGUGCAUCCUAAAGACUUAAAAACCCCCUGACAGAGAACCCCCCAGUUUGUUAUUUUGUCAAAUCUCUUGAUUUCUAUGUUUUACGGCCUGACCUAUGAUUUUUGAACACUUUGGAUUGGCAACAUUGCAACUUUCCUCUAUCCAGUCCAGGGCCGGCUCUAGGAUUUUUGCCGCCCCAAGCAAAAAAAAUUUUGGCCUUCCCUGCCACUUUUUUUCAUGCCCCUUCCCAACCCCUUCUCCAAAUCCCCGACCCCGCCUUCUCCCCCAGGCCUGUUGCAUUCCCCCCCCAUUGCUUCCUGUGGCUCCCACCCCGCAAUCUCCCACGCUCGCUCACCUCCGCUCCGCCUGCUCCCCUGAACACCCCGCCACCCCACUUCUCCCCCCUCCCUCUCAGGUGAGGGAGAGGCAGGGCGUUCAGGGGAGCAGGCGGAGUGGAGGUGAGCGAGGGUGGGGGGAGCGCAGGAAGUAACGGGGCGGGUAGAGAAACUGUUCCCCGCCCCAGCUCACCUCCGCUCCACCACCUCCCCCUAGCGCUGCUGCCCCUCGGCUUUUCCCCCCCCCCUCCCUCCCAGGCUUGCCACGCGAAACAGCUGUUUCGUGCGUGGCCAGCCUGGGAGGGAGAGGGGAGAAGCGGAGCGGCAGCGGUGCGCUCAGGGGAGCAGGCGCAGGCGAGCUGGGGCGGCGGGGGCACAUUUCUAGGGGCGGCAUGGCCAGCGCCAGCAUAUCACCCCUAGAAAUGUGCUACCCCAAGCACCUGCUUGUUUGGCUGGUGCCUAGAGCCGGCCCUGAUCCAAUCUACUUCUCACAACUUUUCUAAAAUGUCUCUACCGUAAAUGGAUCAUGGACAAACUCCAUUCACUCACUCCCCGGUAGUUAGGAAAUGUGAUUUUCUUGCUUGAGUUGUUUCCAACACAAAACCAUGUCUGUGAAAUGCAAUUGUCUUGCCUUAUGUGUAUUUUAAAGUAAAUUGUAACAUUAAGGUUCUUGACUCAACUUUUAGUCAUACAGGUCAAAAAAUAUAAGCCUUUUUUGAAAAUGGU